GGUUUUCUCUGAGACUCAGUGCACCGUCCUCCUCCCAGCGACUCCACCCUGGACCCCCUGCCGGACCCUCCACCCUUUGGCCUCCAAGCUUCCCAGGGGCUUCCUUUGGACUGGACUGUCCCUGCUCAUCCAUUCUCCUGCCACCCCCAGACCUUCUCAGCUCCAGGAAGAAAGAGCCCAGGAGUCCGAGCUCUGGUCUGGGCUCUGUAGACUUCGAACUGCUCUCAGGGCACCAGAUUCCUACAGGCAGCCCCAGAGGAGUGUGGGGACACUGAGGGGCGGUGGGAUGCAUGGCAGGCCCUCACCACCUGGCCUCUGUUUCCCAACAGGUUGCCGCCUCCUCUCGCCAGGGUGAUGAGGUCCCGGCUUCUGCUCUCCGUGGCCCAUCUGCCCACAAUUCGGGAGACCACGGAGGAGAUGCUGCUUGGGGGUCCUGGGCAGGAGCCCCCGCCCUCUCCUAGCCUGGAUGACUACGUGAGAUCCAUAUCUCGACUGGCACAACCCACCUCUGUGCUGAACAAGGCCACGGCCCAGGGCCAACCCAGGCCACCCCACAGGCCAGCCCAGGCCUCCCGGAAGGGCCGCCCUGCUGUGUCCCUGCGGGACAUCACCGCACGUUUCAGUGGCCAGCAGCCCACACUGCCCACGGCUGAUGCUGUGGACCCCCUGGACUGGCUUUUUGGGGAGUCCCAGGAAAAGCAGCCAAGCCAGAGGGACCUGCCGAGGAGGACUGGCCCCUCUGCUGGCCUCUGGGGUCCACACAGACAGAUGGACAGCAGCAAGGCCAGGGGGGCCCCCAGAGGGAGGCUCUGUGAAGCCAGGAUGCCUGGGCACUCCCUAGCAAGACCAUUGCGGGAUGGGCAGCAGAGCUCUGACCUAAGAAGCUGGACUUUGGGGCAGCCUGCCCAAGCCAUGGCCUCCCCCCGCAGCCCCCGCCCCAGCAGUGUCCUCAGAACUCUCUACUCGCACCUCCCGGUGAUCCAUGAACUCUGACCCCUGGCCAAUAAAGGCUUCUGUAAAGAGC